UUUCAAUCUGUGUUUCGUGGAAAUUGCGGCGUAACUUCAACGCUGGACACGCGCUGUUUAAUCAGAUAGAAGAAAAUAUGGAGUAACUCUUCCUCAAUCAGUAAAGCAGAUUCAACCAGUUCUGAUACAACUAUCGAUGCACUUCUUCCCGCGUAUAGCGGUCCAAUUUAAUGAGUCCUUUCACAGAUUUAAACAGACGGCAACUACUAUUUCUAGUUUUAAUGCAGUUGCAAUCCUGUUUUUUGAUAAGGUUUGCAAUAUCACCACAAGAGUGCGCUAACAGCAACUCAAUAAAAUCCAAAGAGCGCCGGACGGGCGGUGUUCCGCGAUGCGUGAUGAGUUUGACAGCUCCCGCGUACUGAACAAUAUUUAAAAGUAAAAAAAAAAAAAAAAAAAAAAAAUCGAUCAAGAGAUGUGGCUAAGAAAAAAUCCUUAACACGUUUCUGUAUGCAUCUAUGCGAGAUCAUCUAAUAUGGGAGAAUGGUUGGUCAUAGAAUUAUUACGCUGAUAUUCUUUCUGGCAGCAUGGCACAAAGCAACAACUUUAGUGCCAGUAAGAUCUGUGGCCGUAGAUAUAGGUCAGAAUUUAACAUUAGCAUGUGCAGAAGAAGAUGCACUGCCACAAACAGGAGAAUCCAUUGGGGUCAUGUGGAUAAGGGAAGGACGAGAAGAUGGACAAAUUGAAAGAUUAAAAGUUGAGCCUAAUGGAGCUUUGGAACUUAUUAAUGUUAGUGCACAUGAUGCUGGAAACUAUUCAUGCACUUUAGAUGAUGAUCAUGAUGCUGUUAAAACUAGAAUUAAUGUACAAGUUAGAACUCCUCCUCCAGCUUUACAUAAUGUAUGGGUUAAACCAUCAACAAUAUUGGCAAAUAUUCUUUGGGAAGUAGUUGGUACAGGUGGUUAUCCUAUCAUAGAUUUCACUGCCGAAUAUCGUCUUAAACCGAAUGAGGGUGAAAAACCAGAAGACUGGAAGCCUAUUCUCCCAACGCACAUUCCUCCAAAUUCUAGGCAAAUUGAUGUAUAUCACUUGGUGCCAAACACUACCUAUUCUUUUCGAGUGUGGGCAACAAAUCAAUUAGGAAGAGGAGACAUUGUUGAAGUUGAUGGUCAUACUCAUCAUAGUAUUGAAGAAUUGGAACUUGCAAGACAUCUCUUAGCAGGUGUAGAAAAUUUUGAUACUCGUGUCUGGGUGGCAGCAGUAGGCAUAGUUAUGGGUACACUUAUGAUUCUUGGUAUAGGUACUUGUUACCUCCUCUAUCGUGAGUGCAAAGUACCCUCGCAGCUGGAGGAGCAGGAAGUGAUUGAACUUGUACCAAAUAUCAUUCUGAAUCCAGGAUUUUUCGACGAAAGAACAGAACAUAUUCCACAAGAUGAAAAUUUUAAUAACCAAACCACUACACGCUUAAACAAUAAUAGCGUUGUGCAACCUAUGCGACUUUAGCGAUUAAAUAUUUAGAUUUCUGUGGCUAAUUUUUAUUAACAAGUGGCUUGAGCACAAUUUAUGUGUCACCUUAAACGUAAGUAACUGGAAUUAUAAGAGGCCUCGAAUUCGCCAAAUGUUACGAAGCGUAGACUCAAAUAUGCGAUGAAGAUGAUAAUUAUGCAAAGAGGAAAUUUAUGUUUAUAGUCAAAAAAUCGUGAGAUACAUCAUAAACUUCGAAUAUUCUAAGGAAAUAAAUUUUUCACUUACAAUACAAUGUAAAGUGUUCAAAGCAUAUGUAAGACUCUGCUAGGUUUUGUGAAAUGAAGUAGCAUUUUUGAGAAUGUUUAUCAGGAUGUUCUAAUUAAAAUUCAAUGUUAUUGCUCAGUAAUCGAGCUUAAACUCAAGAACUCCUGUAACCGAAAAAAAAAAGAUUAUUCUUAGUAAGACUGUAAUUCUAAGAACAAAAGACAAAAUUUCCAAGAAACUAAAAUCAUACGACAUUAAUAUUAAGUGAUGAAUCUUUGUCUUAUAUCCUGCAUGAACAUGUUUUUUACACAAUUAUUUUUAACCAUUAUCAUCUAAUGAAAAUGAAAUUUUAAUGGACAAUAUCAUGCAGGAAAUAAGAUUUUUGCUAACAACACAUUCAAUAUUCAAUCAUUCAAUAAAUAAAUUUUGUCAAAUACAAGGUAAAGGCUUGCUUACUGCCGUUUUAAGGUGUGCAGAAGUCAUUGGUAAAAAAGUUCCUUUUGCGUGUCUUUAUAAAAGUUUUUUUUUAUUUAUUAUUAUUAUAAGAAUGCUUUUUUUUUUUAGAUAAUAUUUUCUUCCAAAAUAAUUGAUAUUAUAAAAAUUAAUGCACCAUAUACUCUUUCUGGAAAAAUCCUGCGAAUCAGAGAAUAUAUAGUAUAAAAAUCAUAUAUAAUUAUAAGUCAUUUUAUAUUUAUGUUCUUUCUAAUAAUAUUAUAUUUCUCAUAUUUUUAACUUUGCAUGUGAUCAUUCAAAUAUGUCUAAUACUUCAACAUGCUUUUGCACUACCUUAAUAACAAAUGCAAUAUUCACUGCUAUUAUAAAAAGCUAUAAAAUCAAAUUUCAUCAAAAAUAAAUUUUAACAAAUAUGAAAUGGCACAAUUCCGAUGAACAAUAAAUUUCAGUACAUAAACUUUUUUAGAAAAGUUAAAAACUCAUUAUAAUAUCUAGCAAGUAAGAAUUAUUCAUAAACUUCAUACAUUUGGUUAAAUUUAUUCCAUUCAGAUUAGUAAUAAAUAUAGAAAAAAAUAGAAUAAGUUAAAAUAUUUUGGAUAUCAUCUUUGAUAGAAUCAAGUUUAAUAAUCGAUCGUUGAAAUAGAUCUUUUCCAAAUAUUAAUUUGUUAUGAGAAAUAUCAUCUCAUUCAAAUUGCAUACAAAAUUUAACUUAGUCAAUCAAUAAGGUUGAUGAUUUUGAUAAAAGUUCUUCCUGUACAAACAAAUAUAUAAUUAUUUUCCACAAUUUACAUGUAGUACCAUAUCAGAAUUCAUCAUUAUGUAUAGUAUAUUAAAGUAUAUAAAGAUAAUAAUAAUGAGUGCUUAGUGUUGAGGCUUUUCUUAAAAAUUACAAAUAAAAUACAUUUAUAAUUAUAUUACUUUUUUAAAUGAAAUUUUUCUCAGGAAAGAAGAUAAAUUUUAUUUAUUCUUCUUUUAUUAUUUUUUGUUAAUUAAUUUUGAUUAGAACACCUUAAGUGAUGGAUGUGGAAAUGGUUGUGGAAAUUGAUUCUCGUGUCUAUUAGUCUUUCAUGUGUUACUAGUAAAGCUCAUAAUAUAAGAAACAUAAUACCUUAACAAUUCUACUUAAAAUAAUUAUAUAAGUUAAAUAUUGCUUUUGUCAAUGUAAGAGAUACUGACAAAAAGCAAUUUGGUGCACGCAGGUUGUAUAAAUAUUGGUUGUGCGUUGUUACAUUGAAGCUUUGUGAUCUAUUCCUCUCUAAAAUAUAAUUUUAUAGGGAUGAACAGAUUCAAUUCGGCUUCGUACUAUGCACUCUGUGUUGUGAAUGGUAUAUAUACGCGCUAAUGAAAAAACAAUACAAUAACAAUAAUGAUAACAAUAUAAAUAUAUAUAUAUAUAUUUAUAUAGCCGAGGCAUCAUAAUAUUUUAGCUAUAAGCAAAGACAAUUUUUUAUAUAAAUUAAUAAUAAUGCUGAAAUGCAAUGAUGAAUAUUUAUCUACAUAUUCAUAUAUUUGGGUAAUUUUGUGCUAUGAUAUCGAGCUUCAAAAGUGAUCUAGUAGACACUCAUUAAGAGUAUUUCAUGUAGAAUAUCAUGUUCCUCUUUCCAUUUAGAAGAGUCAUGUUUUUUAUUCUCUUUUUAAAAAAUUACAUAAAAUAAUCUUCAUAUUUAUAAAUCUUAUUCAAUAUAAUAUUUUUGCAAACUAAUAAUGAUUUUAAUAUUAUUUUUCUAUGAAAAUAAUUUUUUCUUUCUUUAUUUAAAAGAAUAAUGCAUCAUAUUACUUUGAAACAUGACUCUUUAUUCUAUCAUGCACACUCAAACUAUCACUUGUUUCUUCUGAAAAAUAUAAAUAUAUAUUUCUGCUGAAAUAUAUAACAAUAGAUGUAUUGUAAUUUAAAUAUUUAACUGUCUCUAUCAAAGCUGUCUGGUGAAGGCAUAGAUUUUGCAUUUAGCGGCAUUAAUAAUGUGGUAAAGCCUGAUAAAAAAACAAGUAUAAAUGUUACUUGAUAUAUAAAAUGAAAAAUUAUUCUUAUAACUAUCAGCUGCUAUGAAAAUUAAUAAUAAAAUUUAAUCCUUUGAUUUUAGGAUUCUGCCAUUGUAUACCAUAGAUUUGCAUAUCUAUCUAUAGAAACAGUUAUAAAAUAAUUUUAAUUAUAUUAGAAAUACAAUCAAUAAAAUAAU